ACCCCCCGCUUCACAAGCGGAGCCCAUCGGAACUCGAGGCGGGGCUGCUGGAUCUUCCAGGAGCGCCCAGACACGGGCGGGUGGCCACGGGUGGCCACAGGCGCUGGGCAGGAUGGCAGCGGCCGCAGAGCGGGCCCUUCCACGUCUGCAGGCUCUGGCCCGGCAGCCACCACCCAUAAGCAAUGAGGAGGAGCUUUAUGACUGCCUGGACUACUACUACCUGCGCGACUUCCCUGCCUCAGGGGCCGGGCGCAGCAAGGGCCGCACUCGGCGCGAGCAGGCGCUGCGCACCAAUCGGCCUGCACCUGGCGGGCACGAGCGCAAGGUCCUGCAGAAGCUCCUCAAUGGCCAGCGCAAGCGCCGCCAGCGCCAGCUGCAGACCUGGCUGCGCACUCGCCCCACCUGAGCCUGGGAUACCGAAGGACCUGUUCAAAGUAUUUUCUGUAACUCCAACUGUAACUUGUUUCUGAGGAGGAGAGAAUCCAUGUUUGGUCAACAGAACUUUUCCCUGUCACUUAAGUUUACUGCUUCCAUAUCUUUUCCUUACUUGAUUGUUAAUUAAGUAGUGUCCAAGUGGAUUAGCCUUUUGAGGGUUUAUUAAUUAAAAGAGAGCAGCAAGAAUGGCAUUUUAACUCUCC